AUGCCUCUGAGUGCUGCUAUCCUGCUGACUGCGACUGUCGCAUAUGCCAUCAUUGCGGAGAUUCUCGUCAAUACCGUUGAUGGUGUUCUCGAGGGCUCUGACAUCGACGAAAAGUUCUUGGGUAUCACACUCUUCGCAUUGGUUCCCAACACGACCGAAUUCCUCAACGCCAUCUCGUUUGCCAUGAACGGCAACAUUGCACUUUCCAUGGAGAUUGGUUCCGCAUACGCUCUCCAAGUGUGUCUCCUCCAGAUUCCGGCUUUGGUGUUUUACAGUGCCAUCCACACUGGGUACAUUCCCGCUCAGGACGUUGCCAGCCAGACGUUCACUCUCAUCUUCCCGCAGUGGGACAUGGUUACCGUCAUCCUCUGCGUCUUUCUCUUGUCGUACAUGUACGGCGAGGGUAAGAGCAACUACUUCAAGGGCUCUAUUCUUAUCUUGUCGUAUCUUGUCGUCAUUGCCGGCUUCUACCUUUCCGGAUUCAACGACUUCCAGAAGAUGGGCGUCGAUCCGAUGGACACGCUGGCGCUUGGGGGUUUGGUCGAGCAGCAGGUGCAGUCUAUGACAUUCAAGACACCUGGAAGAGGUCGCAGUGGCGUGGCGUACUGA